CGUAAGAGCUGCUUUAAAACUUGUCUGGGCGGCACCUGUAGAUUCAGAAACCGAGGGCAGGUGAGGGGAUUGCAGCAAUACAGACAGAGAAGGGGACAAAAAGAAAGCACAGACAAACCAGGUAAUCAGAAAAUGGCUAACACAAGUUCAGGAGUGAAGGUUUUCCAGGGGCUUCUCAUUUUUGGCAAUGUCGUCAUCAUGCUGUGUGGCAUUGCAUUGACAGCCGAAUGUAUUUUCCAUGUUUCGGAUCAGAAUGACCUCUGGCCUCUACUUGCAGCUGCUAACAACACUGACAUUUUUGCUGCAGCUUGGAUUGGACUUUUUGUAGGCUUCUGCCUGUUUGUAUUGAGCAUAGUUGGUAUAUUUGGAAUCAUGAAAUCGGCCAAGAAUGUUAUCCUAACAUACAUUAUUUUGAUGCUAAUUGUCUACAUCUUUGAAGUUGCUUCAUGCAUCACAGCUGCAACACACAGGGAUUUUCUGGUCCCAAACUUUUUUCUCAAGCAAAUGCUCCAGCUAUAUGAUAACCGAAACUGGCAGAAUGACGAUGAGUUCAGAAAGUACACAGAGCUCACCACUUCUUGGAAUCGUGUCAUGACUGAAAAUAACUGCUGUGGUGUUAGAGGACCCCAGGACUGGAUUCAGUUCAACUCUGUAUUCAGAUCCACCCAUUUAGAUUCUGAUUUCCCGUGGCCUCGAGAAUGCUGUACAACUAACUUUGUUGACCAAUUUCUAAGUUUGGAUGGUUGCAGACUUGGUGUUCGUGGCUUUGUUCAUAAUCAGGGAUGCUUUGAAUUCAUUUCUGGCCCUCUGAACAGACAUGCUUGGGGUGUUGCAUGGUUUGGAUUUGCUAUCCUUUGUUGGACUUUCUUUGUCCUUGCUGGAUCAAUGUACUUCUAUGCUAUACUGAAUAAUUAAACAAAGGCAUUGGACUUCAAAUAUGGACUUGAAAUCAAAUCUGUUUGCAACCUUCCCACCUCAUGUGAAUACUGAGGACUCUUAGUCUGAGCCUAUGAAGUAUUGGGAGUUGUAAUCUGUUCUGUUUGUAUUCAGCCCCUUCAGAUUUCCUCCGGCACCUCCCACUUGUUGACCUGGCGAAGAUCUUUAUUGUAGUUUCUGCACUUUUCAAAAAACAGUACUCUUAAUUUUAUUGGACGGUGAAAUUAGGCCAUGGUUCAGAAACUUCUGUACUUCUGCCUGAGCUUCAAUCCAGCAACAAUGUUGUGACGUUAGCUUCACCAUAAACUAUAACUGAGAACUGGAUUCUAUUUGCUUUACUAAAUUUAGCUGUUGGAGAGGAUUAAAUACUCUCAAUUGGUGACAAUAGAGAAGAAUUGAACACAGAUUCAAAAUGAUAGUUCAGCUAGUCUUAGCUACACAGACGACUAAGAUUCUGUUCCAUUGAUUGUAACUUGUGGGUGGAUUAGUCCAUUAAACUGGCUUCUCCAAAGGGAUAGAUUAGAAAGGAACACAAUUCCUCUAGUCAUCGCACCGCAAAAGAGAAACCAGCUUAAGGGCCUAAGUCUUUUCCUCUUACAGUCUUUUACUUUAAACAUAAGUAUAUAAAUUUAUCAAAUUAUCAUCAAUCUCUACUUGAACAAUAAAAUGAUCUGUGUAGUGUCAAUGAGUAAAACUGUACUGUUGACUUUUUUGUGACAUUGGGAUUAUCAAUGUAAAAAUACCUGUAAACAUAUUUUGCAGGAAAUUAACUAUGUGAAGGUGGUGAGUUUGGUAUAUUUUCAACCUCUUCUGUAAACUGAAUAUUAAACUUGUAAUAUAGAGUGUACAUUAUGGGUUUUCUUUAUAUAUUAUCCAGUGUACAAAAUCAUUUAAUUUAUAAAAAUAAAUUAUUAACCUUCA